UUUGUCCCUUAAGGCGUUGCUGAUGAGGACUUCAGAUACCAGGAUAUUCUUGCUUUGAAUCAGGCCUCCCAGGUCAUACAUCAAACAUAGCCUAAAUACGCUUUAUUGUGACACUCCUUAGUGUGACACUCCUGCAGCAGGAAGUGGCUCUUUUAGUCAUCCUGGCAGACGAAACACAGGGCCGAGUUCCCCCUGCGUGAGUUUUUGUCGGCUCGGCUCAGCUUCUUCUUCUUCUUCUUCUUCUUCUUCUUCUUCUUCUUCUUCUUCUUCUCUGGCAACGCUGAAGUGGAGUCCACAACAGCAACGGCGCCUGGACGGAGUGACUGAAUGGGAACCAUAUCAACAUCUCUUUGGUUGGCUCCUUACCCAGCAAGUCAAUCUUGAGAAAUAUGGAUGGAGGUGGCAGAACUAAUGAUGUGCAGGCGGAGCUGGACUCUUUGGAGGCGGAGCUAGAAUUGGUGGAGCUGCAGAUUACAGAUCUCCUGCAGAAGCAGGCUGAGCUGACCGGUCGUAAAGAUGCACUUCUGCAGCAACUGGAGGAGGCCUGUGAUGCUGCACAGCCGUCAUCCUCAAAGUCAUCUGGAGCUCAUCCAGUACUGAGCAAGCAGGAGAUGAAGCUCUAUGAUGGCACAGGUUCAGUUUUCAGUAACUCCUCGAUGUUACUUCCUGUUCAGCUCUCGUGCUGUGGUGUCGUGAUGUGGUGUGAAGUAACAUUUCCAUGGUCCAAAGAAGUGGAGCGCCACCUGAAGGACUCGUUCCAUCUCUCCACGUUCAGACCUCUACAGCUGAAGGCCAUCAACCUGACCCUGUCAGGCAAAGAUCUGUUCCUGGUAAUGCCCACAGGGAGAGGAAAAAGCCUCUGCUACCAGCUGCCUGCAGUCUGCUCAGAGGGUUUUACAUUGGUUGUCAGUCCCCUGGUGUCCCUGAUGGAGGACCAGAUCAUGUACCUGAAGUCCAUCGAUGUGCCAGCAGUCAUGCUGAAUGCGUCCAGUAGCAGGGAGCAUGCCAAGACUGUCAUGGCUGGAAUGACGGAUCCCAAAGCUCCUUUCAAGCUGCUGUAUGUGACUCCAGAGAAGAUCGCCAAGAGCAAGCUGCUCAUGUCUCGUCUUGAGAAAGCCCAUAACGCAGACCUGCUGAGUCGGAUCGCUGUGGACGAGGUUCACUGCUGCAGUCAGUGGGGUCAUGACUUUAGACCAGAUUAUAAGCUGCUGGGCAUCCUGAAGAGGCAGUUCCCCAACGUCCCCCUUCUGGGACUCACCGCCACAGCAACCAGCAGCGUCCUCAAGGACUGUGAGAAGAUCCUAUGUGUGCCACAGCCAAUCACACUGUCGGCGUCCUUCAACCGAACCAAUCUCUACUACGAGGUUCGGGUUAAAGACUCUAACUAUGAUGCAUCAAUAGAUGAUGUUGCCUCUCUGAUCAAGAACAGAUACAAGGAUCAGUCAGGGAUCGUGUACGUGUUCUCUCAGAAGGAUGCAGAGUCAGUGUCCUCUGCGCUCCAGAAGAGAGACGUCCUGGCCUUCCCCUACCACGCUCACAUGGACCCCGACGAUAGGUCCCGCGUUCACCGCAAAUGGACCUCCAACAAAAUCCAGGUGGUGGUAGCCACAGUGGCGUUUGGUAUGGGCAUCGACAAGCCUGACGUCAGGUUUGUCAUCCACCACACCAUCAGUAAAUCGAUCGAGAACUACUACCAAGAGAGUGGACGCGCAGGGCGAGACGACCAACAAGCAGACUGCAUCAUCUACUAUGGCUUCUCUGAUAUCUUCAGGAUCAGCACCAUGGUGGUGAUGGAGAACGUUGGUCAGAAGAAGCUGCUGCAGAUAGUGGAUUACUGCCAGAAUGUUGACAGGUGUCGGCGCUCUCUCAUGGCUGUUCAUUUUGACGAGGUGUGGGAUGAUGAAGGAUGCAACCAGAUGUGUGAUACCUGCCGCAAUGCAAAAGACUUCACCACCUUGGAAAUUACCCAGCAUGCCAAGCAGGUGCUGCAAAUUGUGGAGCUGGCAGCGUCAGUGGAUGAAAAGCUGACUCCGCUGAAGCUGGUGGAUGCGUGGAUAGGCAAAGGCCCAGCAAAGCGCAGGAAGAUGAUCCAGACCACCACCCUGUGUCGGCCGCAGGCUGAAGCUGUGGUUGUGAUGCUGCUGCUGCAGGGAUACCUCAGGGAGGAUUUCAGCUUCACUCCGUACAUCACCCACUUCUACAUGAAGCUGGGCCGCAAAGCUCCUCUGCUGAAGAACGAGGCUCACACACUCAGCAUGAAGAUGAGGUCAACAGGGGCAGGGUCUGCUGUGGACACAUCAGCCAAUCAGGAAGAGCUUAAUAAGACCUUUGACCCCGUUGUCAUGGACCACAGCUGUCCCCCACAACCCAAAGUGAUAGUAUUUAAAGACCAGAGGAACCAGAACAGACGACAGAGCGAGAGAGCACAGCAGCAGAUGACGCACCGACCUGGAGAGGAAGAGGUGAACAGAGGGAGCUCCAUCACGCCUCAACAUGGAAUUGAGGUUGAUGUUGAAAUAAACAUUAUAGAUAACAGUGAUGGUCAGAAAACACCUUCACAUCCACUUAAACCUUGUUCCAAACGCAAAGCCACCACCCCUCAGAGAGUGAGGAGGAAACCCCGUGCUGCAGCAGGUGUUUCCAGUCAAGGCCCAGGGGAUGACACGGCGCCCAGCUCUCCAUCCCACGCCUCCAUCAUCUCUGAGACUGCAGCCGAAGAGCUCUGUGACCUGAGGAACUACUACAGCAAACAGCUGAAGAGAAUUAACCACAUUUCUCAUGAAUACCUGGGGCAGCCCUCAGAGCCAGGGGUGCUGGCAUGUAUCAGGGAGCCUCUGAGGAGCCUCCGUCUGCCCCGCAGGCUGACCAUCGCCCGGACGGCUCGCAGCCUGUGGACCCGAGUGAGUGGCAGGAGGAAGCUGGUUCACCGCUGACGGCACAGUGUGAAGUUCCAUUUAAUGCACAUAGGUGUAUAGACAGCUGCAGGGAUGACAAAUGUUUGUAGGCUAACAGAAAGUCAGUGUCGGCCUGGUAACCUGGACACAAAGCCAAUGGGAUACUUCCGUUACAUUUUGGAUUAUUACAGAAAAAUAUCUCUGUGGCAAACAAACUUUAUGAUUCGUACACUUUUUGUUCAGCAAAAAUAAUCUUCACAACGGAACUCCACCACGGUCACAUGACCUUACGUUACCACCACUAAGCUAAAGUACUGGUGUUCUAAUGAGGACGUGUAGUCAUCUCAUUUAGACUCUUUUUUUCAAGACUAACAGCUUCUAAAUUCUCCAGAGGGGUGUUCAUUGACCUAUUUCACAUCAAAAAACAAAACGUUCAAAUCUCUCGGCUUGUGUUAAACACAGACCUUUUUUCAGACAUCUAACCAGCAACAAACAAGGGAACAUGAAGUGUAAAAUUGCUGAGUCACUUUCAGGUUUAUGGACUCCUUCCUGCAGCUCUCUAUCAUGAAACUUGAGCUUCUGCACUACUGUAAUCCAAAGGUUCUUUCAGCUGUCCCAGUUAAGAAGCCACUAUGUGAAGGAUUUCAAAAUGUCAGACUCUGGAGCCACCUGGUGGUAGUAUCCACAAAGAUACUGAUGUACAUGCUGCCACAGAUCUGACCUGGGAUCAUUAGGAUCAAUGGACUUAAAUGUAACCAUAUGCUGUAAUAAGAAUGUGAAAGAUGCUGUAAGAGAAAGACAUGUAAAUGGCCUUCACCCUUCAUGGACUGAUAGACAUUUUCCAUAAUUCAUACUUCAGCUGCUGUGUUGAAGACUGGAUGUCUUUAUGAGUACAUUAUUAGACUUGGACCUUGAGUUAAAGCUGUACUUCUCUUUUCUGUCUCACAUGUCUAGACAGAAACACUAGCAUGUUAGAAUGUUUUUUCCUGCUGUCCCCUACUGUGACCCGUAGGAGCACAUAGCGCUACACAGUGAACAUGGAGGAGACAGAGGAACGAUGCUGCUGGUUCUGUGAGGUGGAACUGGGAAACCCAGUAAAUCCUUUCUUCAUACUCACCACCAUUGUCCCUGGAAAUGGUUUCCCAGCACCUACGAUCGAUGACAUCACGCAUCAGCUUGCUUUGAUUGGUCGGGGUACGCUGCAUGCAGUGAUUAGCCAGGGGAUUGCCUUCUUUUUGCCUUCUUCACGCCUUCUUCACACUUCUCAUGUGAAUAUGUGAGACUUACUGUCUGAAACGAUACCGUUUGUCUCUCCCUCUCUAUGACAGUCAGCUUUCACUCCACUUUCUAGUGUGGACUAUAAACACCCAACAAGGUCGGUCAACACAUUGUACAAGUUCUGAUGAAGCAGAACCCGACCCUGAGACCCAAACGGACUAAAUGAAUAUGGAUUAGUGUUGACCGAGCUUCUGACCAAUUAUCCACCUGAGAAAAUGCACUGUUUGGUCAGCUCUGUCAGUUUAUUAUUCUGCUGUAUGUUUGUUUCAUAGUGCUAGUCUUGAGACCUGGUUCAUGUGUUGACAAUCAGAUCUCAAUUUGGUUAACUACUCAUACUAAGUGUUGUGUUGUUAUUAAAUCUCAUUCCUAACAGCAGUGUGAGCAUCAGAUGUGUCCUGAACUGAAGCUAACAGGUGAAGGAGAUGUGACUGUAAAUGGAACCACUGGUUGGUCCGUCUGUUGACCACAGCUGGAUCCUGUCAGUGAACAAUGCUGUGUCUACUGAGGAUGUCACUGCCAGGUUCAUUCCUGCCAGUUAAUUAUGCCAGUGAUCUUUUGUUUAUUUUUUUGGAUUUCUGUUAGGCAGGUAGAUGUGAAACCAGUAAGUCACAGGCAGCACAGCAAAUAUUAGAGGGCUGUCAGAAGCAAAUAAAGGUAUCUGUAACCUUAAGAUAUACGUUC